ACCUGCAAAAGACGGGAAAUCCAUCUGGAUCACAAGACAAAGUUUCAGUUCUUGAUUCUGGACCAGAAAUGUCUGAACCUAAGUUGGCUGUGGCUCCUGUGGUAAUGUCGAAGUUGUCUGCGAAAGCACCUGAAUUUUAUCCAUCAGGCUACAACCAGACCUUCAAUCCGAAUUUCACCGAUGCCUCCUUUGAAGAUAGAUAUGAUGGCUAUCUGACUUUGGCAGAAUAUGUACAAGACUUCCUAAAUCACCUCACCGAGCAACCAGGUUGUUUUGAAACUGAAACAGAACAGUUUGCCGAAACACUGAAUGGCUGGAUCAUUGCAGAUGAAGCUUUACAAGAACUUGUUGAACUCAUCUAUCACCAGGCCACAUCUGUCCCAAAUUUUUCCUACAUGGGAGCACGGUUGUGUAACUAUCUAUCUCACCAUCUAACCAUUAGUCCACAAAGUGGGAACUUUCGACAGUUGUUGCUUCAAAGGUGUCAAACAGAGUAUGAAAACAGGGAUGAAGCCACCAAAGGAGAUGAGGCUACUAGAAAACAGUUUCAUGCCUUUGUACUGUUCUUAGCUGAACUUUAUCUCAACCUAGAG